CGCGCCACAUCCCAACGACGGACCUUGACUGCUGCCACCAGCCUUCAAAGUCGCAUUUUGUCUACGAGGAGAUCAUGGACCUUGACCUCGUGACGGCGGCCAGCAUCGGGGACGUACACCGUGUGCGCGCGCUCUUACUGCGGGGCGCCACCCUCCAAGGGACAUCGCUGCACAACAAGAGCGCGCUAUUGCUUGCCGCCGAGCUUGGCCAUGCAGAGAUCGUCCAGCUCCUCCUUGAUGCGGGGGCCAAUGUCCACAGUGAGAACGAUGGACCGCUGUUCGCAGCGGUCCUUGGGGACUACCCCCUCGUCGCGCACGCCUUGUUGGAGGCCGGUGCCGAUGCGAGCAAGGCGCUGCAUGAAGCCGUGCGCCGUGGUCAAGUCGACAUUGUUCACAUGUUGCUGGACGCUGGCGCCAACCCGAUGCAUCGUUUGCCAUGGGAACCCGAGACGCCGUUUGCAUUGGCUGUCCAGCUCCGCUACCGCAAGACGACGGCAGUCUUGCACAACGCCGUGGCUCCAAGCACGAACAACGAUGAUGCGCCGCUGGACGUCGACGCCAGCGACAUUGCCUUUGCAAGCGAUGGCCUUUUGGGCGUCGGUGCGUACGGUGCGGUCUACGCCGGUGUCUACAAGAACAAGGACGUUGCUGUCAAGAUGGCCACUCGCAAUGGUGCGGCCGCCUUGCGCAACGAAGUCCACGUCCUCCAAACGUGUCACUCGCCGUACAUCGUAUCGCUCGUUGGCGUUGCAGACCUCGAGUCGGACGAGCCCAAGAUGCUUCUCGAGCUCAUGGACCUCGGUGACUUGCACGCUUUUCUGGCCAAGGACAAGGACGAGCGUCCCAUGACGAUCUCUGUCGCUGGCGCGGCAUGGGUCGUCGCCAACGCGCUAUCAGAUCUGCACGCGCUUGGCUACGUCCACCGCGACGUCAAGGCCGAGAACCUUCUCUUGAGCUCGGUGAGCUACAUGAAGCUCAGCGACCUCGGCGCGGCCUCGUCCACGACCACCGAGUCGACAUGCUCCAUCGACGGCUCGCUGGCGUGGGCAGCGCCCGAAGUGCUGGCGUCCGGCGACUAUAGCUCUGCCUCGGAUAUCUAUGCGCUCGGCAUCUUGCUGUGCGAACUCGUGGUCGGGGAUGUACUGUACCGCGAUUUGACGCCACGUCAGAUCCGAGACGGUGUCUGCGCUGGCACGUUGCGCCCGACGCUGCCACUCUCAUGCGCGUUUUGGCUCCGGUCGCUCGUUCAAGCCUGCGUCGCGCACCACCCGAAAGAUCGUCCGACCGCCGAAGCGGUCGUCCACCUACUCCACGGACUUGCGCCGCAACCGUUUCGGCCCCACAGCCCCGAGCCGGAUCACAUGGAGAAGCAAGCUGAAAAGGAGGCAAACCACCCGGUGGUCUCGGACAGCGUCGUCGUGAUGCCUCACACAGCGUCGGCGCCACAAUGUUGUCCCCUUUCUUCGACGCCCUCCGCGACACCGUCCCUUCCGCCCGCACCGGCGACGUGGUCGGCCCCGAGCAAGACAAUGCGCCAGGAAGUACUGGCGGCAGUUCAAAGCGGCGACCGUCAACUUGCCAUCGCUCUCUAUAGCCAGCUCUACGGCCAAGUGCAUCUCGCCAAUAUCGAGGAGCUCAAGACACCGCCGCGCCCGCCGAUCGGUGCCGGCGGCUACGGUGCAGUGUUCCAAGCCGCGUAUUUUGGCCACGACGUUGCGAUCAAGUCGGCGCGACGUGACGGCGCCGAGUCACUUCGCAACGAAAUUUCACUCUUGGCUGCGCAUGCGUCGCCGUACCUCGUGCCGCUUCUCGCCGUCGUCAAGCCAUACUCGGACGAACCCAAGCUCAUCUUUGAGCUCAUGGAUGCCGGCGAUCUCGCAGCGCACCUCCAGACACUGCGACGUGGGCUCAAGCCCGCCGUGGCCUUCUCGCGCAUCGAGGUCGCUUGGGUCAUCGCCCUUGCGCUGUGUGAUCUGCACGAGCGCGGGGUCAUGCACCGCGAUAUCAAGACCCAGAACAUUCUUCUCUGCACCAAAAACUACAUCAAGGUCGGCGACCUCGGCAUCUCCAGAGCUGUCUCCGAAGCCUACAUGACGCCGGAGCGCGGGUCGAUCUCGUACAUGGCCCCCGAGGUGCUCGCACCGAGUGGCAACUAUGGCUUUCCUGCCGACAUUUACUCGUUCGGUGUUCUCUUGACAGCGCUCCAGACGCUGCAAGAGCCGUAUGCCAACCAGAAGCUCAAGGCCUGGGACGUCCGCGACCGUGUCUGCGCCGGCAGUCUGCGCCCGCACCUCGCCUCGCCGUGUCCCAAGUGGCUCACGAAUCUUGUGGCCAUAUGCUUGGACCAUGACCCGUCGCGUCGCCCGACAGCUGCAGCGAUCCUGGACAUUCUGCGUCCGCACUUGUCGUCACCUGAUCCGUUCGACGGAGACACCGUGGGUCCUGUCGAUCCGACGUCGCCAGAGACGACCUGGGUACGCUUUCAGGCGUCAAUGGACGAGUCGUUGGACUUGACGCUGUCGGUGACGUGCAAUCGCUGCCGCACUCGGAACCAACUCAGCGAUACAAUUUGCAGCGGCUGCGACCAGCCACUGCGCAGCUUGGAAGAAAAGCUGCGUCUCGCCGCGAGCCGCUUGGACCAGCAACAUCACAACGGCAAGAUCAAAAGCGACCUGGCGUGUGCCAUGUGCGGGCAUGUCAACGCACUGGAAGCGAGUGUCUGCGACGACUGCGGCGACGAACUUCCAACGCUGAGCGAAAAGCUCGACAUUCUCGCCAAACGCGUGCGCUUUGCCAAGCACCCCUAAUCUCUCGUUUCGGCACUGUAUAUGCGUUAUAAUGCAGCUGUGUUCGGUCGGUA